AUGAGAAUUGCCAGAUGGGCUGCACGGUUGUCGCAAUACAAUUACGAAAUUCAGUACAAGAAGGGUCAGGACAACACGGUGGCCGACGCACUAUCGCGCAUGCCACUGAGCAACACCGAGCAAGCACCCUGCUCCUCACCCGACGAAUCGGAGUUGGUUUGUAACGUUCAGCAACUCCAACUGUCUCCACUGACACUAUCUGAGCUACAGGAUAGCACGAGUAACGACCCCGUAAUGACUAACCUCCUGAAACUCUGCACUACUCCUUCGCCGUCGGCGACAAGAGAGGACGAAAACCUUGCACCUUACUAUUGCGUUCGGGAAGAGCUUUCUACGAUCCAGGGUAUCGUCAACAGAGGAGAAAAAGUAGUACCUCCUACAGCACUCCGGGAGCGAAUCAUCAGUCUGGGUCAUGAGUCACACCCAGGAAUAGUACGCACGAAGCAACGGAUUCGCAUGCGCUUCUGGUGGCCAAAGAUGGACUCGGAGAUAGAAGAAUACGUUCGAGCUUGCCAUAUUUGCAGCACGGUGGAUAAAACAGCUGUUACGAGACAUGCGCCGCUGCAACCCGUACCGUUUCCUUCCGGACCCUGGAAACAAGUUGGAAUCGCCUUGGUUGGACCCUUCAGCAACUUACCGUCAGGAUGCCGUUUCGCCAUCACUGCCGUAGACUAUUACAGCAAAUGGCCCGAUGUCAAAAUAACGCCAAAAGUCACGAUGGAUACAGUAAUCGCAUUUCUCCGCCAACUUUUCGCAAGGGAAGGGUAUCCAGACAUCAUCGUGUCUGACCACGGCAGUCAAUUCCUAUCACAUUCAUUCAAGUCUUUUCUACAAGACAGAGGCAUCCAGCAUCGCCAGUCUUCGGUUUACUACCCUCAGUCCAAUGGGCAAAUAGAACGAUUCAACAGGGUGCUGAAGGACUUCAUACUUCUCAGCGCUGCAGAACAAGGCACCAUACUUCGUGACUUGCCGGAGUUUCUCGGCAUCUAUAGGAGCACACCGCAUGCUGCUACACAGCUUUCGCCUGCAGAAUUGAUACAUGGGAGGCGUAUGAGGACGCGGCUGGAUGUCGUGGGAUUUUUUUGCCUUGAGGGUAACAUCAUUGAAGAAAUGACCAAGCUGCGGACGAGGGUCAAAGACUAUCAAAAGCGUAUGAAGCAGAACUUCGACUCACGAAACAGGGUUAAGCAGCCGGCGUUCGAAGGUGGCGAUUUCGUCAGGGUUAGACUCCCGGGAAGCCAGCCCAAGGGUUCAUCGUCAUUUAGUUCUCCACUGCGCAUUCAGGAGAAAGUGGGCCCGGCGACAUACAGGACGAGCGAUGGACGAACGUGGAAUGCUGCAAGGUUGUCCGCCUCCCGGCCGCCUCCGUCUGGUUCAACGGAUCCAGCCGGUUCAUCAGGUCAGCUCACACCCACAGUGUAUCCCAGGAACGAAGACAGUUACGCUGCCAGUCCUCCGCCUCGGCGCUCUCAACGAAAUCGUCGUCCACCCGAGCGUUACCCACUGUAA